AUGUUAGCCGCGCUUCUUUGUUUAAAACACGGUUUGGGCAUAUUUCUGGGCUGUAAGGUGUAUGCAAGCAACUUGAUGAAAGCUAACAGCCACAGCUACGAUGAGAUGCAACCUAAGAAAUACCUGAUGAUCAACCAGUUCUGUAGAAAGGUCUGUUUUAAGCUUAAAAAGAAACCUUUGAACUUUGAUACGGUUAUUGAUCAGGAAAUAUCCAUGAAACAGAAGAAAGAUGAUGUUUUUAACAAUGUAUCAACGUUCAAGCGAACGAAAGAGAUACCAGAUGAUGUUAAUGGGCACAAAAAGAUAGAAAACAAGACUGGUAUAAAACAAAAGUCGAUAAUUGCGCAGCUGAAAGAUAAAAUGCCUUAUAAAGAAAAAAUGAAGGAUGUAAAUAAAAUAUUGAAGGACAGAAAUAGAUUGGUGACACGAUCUCGUGAAAAUACGGGAAAAAUCAGUCUAAAAAAGCAUAUGAAAGGAGGUUAUAACGCCGAAAACAAAGAAUCCAGAGUAUCUGGGAAAGAAGAACAAAUAGAUAAUACCAUGGUGUUUGAUAGUGAUUAUAAGGAUAUCUUAAAACCAAAAGUUCAUUUGGAUGUGGUGGAAUAUGGCAAAAGCAUUAUUUCUGGCUCAAACACUAAACAAACACCCAAUCUCCGACCCAAAACAACAGCAGAUGUGGUAGCAUCCUUUGCUCUUCAUACUGCGACGACAGAUAUUGGUCUAUUCAUUCUGACAGCAGUUGCCGAAUCCUUGUUCCUUAUAUUUAGCAUCUUGAUACUUGCCUUGGACAAAGAUGAAUCGAUGUCUACCAACGGAUAUAGCGGAAAUAGCAUGUAUCAGUCCAAUGGAGUGAGCAGGCCCAAUAUAUUGGAAUAUUUCGGAUCAUAUUGCCAUCAUUGCUAG